AUGGGUGAAAAAAGAGAAGGACUUAUAUCCUUUUUCAAAUUUGAAUGCAAUAUGUGCAAAAAUAUCUGUACAAUUAAAUCUGAAAACACACAUGAUACUGACAAAAUUAAUUUAAACAUUGCCGCGACCACUGGCAUCGUUGCUUCUGGUAUUGGUUAUUCACAAUUUGAAGAGCUAUGUUCAGCAAUAGACGUUCCAGUAUUUACUCCGAAUACUUACACCAAAUAUCAAGAUCAGGUUCUUAAAAAUGGGAACAAACUGCGAGUUCUUCUAUGGCAGCUGCUGCAGAAAAAGAAAAAGAAAUAG